AUGUCAACAAUUGACAUUGUAGUCAAUCCCCGAGGAAAGCCGAUCCGCAGGCUUCCAAAGGAGGUCACACUGCCGGCAACCGCGCCUGUUAGCGACCUCUACAAGACCGUCGCCCAGAAGUCAGGGCAAUCGGUACACCGACUGAGGAUCACAAAGGGUUCCGACGGGAGCCUAUUGUCAAAUGGAUCGGAGACUGUUCAUGAUAGCGGCCUCCGUGCGCAGAGCGUCGUUUACGUCAAAGAUCUAGGUCCCCAACUUGGCUGGCGAUUCGUAUACGUAAUUGAAUACCUGGGUCCUCUCGUUAUUCCACCUAUCUUCCUCUACUUGCUGCGACCUUAUCUCUACUUCAACUUCGAACAAAUCCCUGAGCCGUCGGAGCUCCAACAAAUUGUGUGUGCCGCUCUAUUUGUUCACUUCUUGAAACGCGAAUUCGAGACGAUUUUUAUCCAUCGCUUUAGUCUUGCAACUAUGCCUGCCAGGAACAUUUUCAAAAACUGUGGCCACUACUGGGCUCUCGCUGGUGUCAACAUUGCUUACUGGGUAUUUCGCCCCGACUCUCCCACGGCAACAGACAGCCUUCACCCGGUCUUGUACUAUGGUGGACUGGCCCUUUUUGUGUUUGGGGAGCUAGCCAACUUGAAUGCCCACCUGAUUCUGCGAAGCCUUCGACGACCUGGAACUACCGAGCGGGGAAUCCCGAAAGGCUUUGGCUUUGGCCUCGUGACUUGUCCCAACUACAUGUUCGAGAUUAUUGCUUGGAUUGGUAUCUACUUUCUGACUGGACUGAGCUGGAGUGUGUUCCUCUUCCUUGUCGUUGGCACUUUACAAAUGUGGGCUUGGGCCAAGAAGAAAGAGCGUCGCUAUCGUCAAGAAUUCGGUGACAAAUAUAAGCGCAAGCGCUUCACCGUUCUGCCUCCUUUGCUGUAA